AUGCUUUUAAAAAGCCAAGUGAUCGAUAAGCUGGCUGUGUUUCACACGACGAAAACUACUCAGUGGGAUCAUCCACUCAUGGCAGAUGUGAUGGACAAGUUGAGCGNUCAUCCACUCAUGGCAGAUGUGAUGGACAAGUUGAGCGACUUAAACCACGUCAAGUAUUCCGCUUAUCGCACCGCCAUGAAAUUGCGUUUGAUUCAGAAGAAAAUUUGUCUGGAUUUGGUGAGUCAUUCGACGGUGGUGGAAGCCUGCGACGCCCACGGGCUGCGGGCCCAAAACGACAAGCUCAUCACUGUGCCCGAAAUGGCGGCCGUAUUGCAUUCUAUGUACCAGCGGGCGGCGGCGGAUGCGCCGUCGGAAAUGGCGGCCUCUUUUAACCCCGUGCUGAACACGGAUCUCUGCAUCAACUACCUCCUCAACGUGUAUGACAGUGCUAGAAACGGACACAUUCGAGUCUUGUCCUUCAAAGUCGGCGUCACGCUCUUGUCCCGCGGACAUGUGGAUGAGAAGUUCAGAUAUUUAUUCCGACUCAUCGCGGAUCCGACUCGACAAGUUGACCAGAGAAAACUUGGGUUGCUGUUGCACGACUGCUUGGAAAUUCCGAAAAUGCUUGGAGAAGCUGCUGCUUUUGGCGGAGCGGAUGUUGAACCCGCAGUACGUUCUUGCUUUUCGGUGCAUGUGCCCAAGUCGAGGCUGCUUUCUGGGGCAGCCUCAGCUGCCACCUUGCCCCCGGGACACACUGGGUCUCUUCCUGGCCACGGCUCCACUGCAUUACAGGCAAGGGACACAAUAGAAAUCGCUCACUUCUUGACAUGGGUGAAGCAAGAGCCGCAAACUUUGGUAUGGGUCCCUGUGCUCCACAGACUGGCGGCUUCGGAGACGGCGAAACAUCAAACCAAGUGCAACGUGUGUCGAGAAUAUCCGAUCGUUGGUUUCAGAUAUCGGUGCUUGAAGUGCUUCAAGUUUGACAUGUGUCAAACCUGUUUUUUCUCUGGUCGGUCAUCAAAGCACCACAAAUCUUCGCAUCCGAUGCAGGAAUAUUGCACAGCAACAACUUCGGGAGAAGACGUUAGAGAUUUUACGCGAACAUUGAGGAAUAAGUUCAAGUCGAAGAGAUACUUCCGGAAACACCCACGGAUGGGUUACCUUCCUGUGCAAUUGGGCGCCGAUGGGAAGCCGCCGUCGGGCGCCACAACACCGGCGACUUCCCGCGGCGGCGGAGCCAAUUCAUCUCUAGGCCAUUCCAUGCAUAUGCACGGCUCAUCGUCGGCGGCGGAGAGCAGUGGCGGCAGUCGAGACGCGUCCCCACUGGCGUCCCCGAGGGCCAUUCACAGCGCCGGCGCCAGUGUGACUGGCAGCAGUAACCAGAGCCCUGCGACACCCCUGCCACCUGCUGAAGUUCACUCCAGGCUAGAACUGUAUGCGUCUCGUCUGGCAGAGGUUGAACUCCGUUCUCAUGCAUCGCCUGUCACUGAUUCGGAAGACGAACACGCGCUGAUUUCUAGAUACUGUCAGUCAUUGGGCCACUUGCGGAGGGAAGACGUGGGCGCAGAAAAUGGUCGAGCAGGAUUGUCGCUGUCCGGCCUGACGGAUGGAAAUCAAGGCAGAAUCAAUCAUUUGCCGCCAUCUGGCGGCGGUAGAAGUCGGAAUAACAGCAACAAUCCCGAGCAGCAGAUGAACAACCGAAAUUUGCGACAGCAGAUUCAGGACAUUCCGUCGCCAACCGAGGUGCUAACUGCGCUGGAAUCUACUCAUCAG